CUGGCAUUCCGGCGUCUGCGUUACCAAGUCUCCAAUUCUCCAAACAGACCAAACGGUCAACGCACAAUUUGAUAUUACGUUAUGCACAGUUGAAAGUUGAAAUAGGUAUUCAUAUCUACGCUCUUUUUUUUAUAUUUGCACUCAAUUCGUGUUGACGAAAAUCAAAAUACAUAAAAUGUCGUUUUUCCAUUUCUGUGUGCAUGUUUAAAACUUAAAAUAAACUUAUUAACAUAUUCGGCGUAUCGUGUUCAUGUACAAUGUACUGUAGUUGUGUGCGUUUAUAGCCACUAUUGUUAGUGGCGAAACUGCGUUAGAAUUGUAUUUUAUUUGAUCAUAAGGUUAUCCACUCAUUACAAUAUCAUAAUGAGCCAGUCCAAAUCUGAUGAUUUGCUUGAGGAAAAUACAUUUAAUUGGAAUAAAUAUCUUACAACAAAAAAUGCAGAAAAGGUACCUGAAGAAUUUUUUCAUCAUAUUUGUAAAAGUGAACUGAAUGGAAUUGAAGCGGGCUCAAUCGUGGAGAUUGAAAAUGAUGAUCAAAGUGGAUAUUGGUAUGCUAUUGUAGGUUCAUCUAAGGACGUUUUACUGAAUUUGCAUUAUUUUGGUGAUGAUAAUGAUCAACACAACUUUACGUUAGAAGUAAACUCACCACGCAUUCAUUCUUUAAAUUGGGGAAGUGAAAAUGAUAAAAAACUAGUACCUCCUUAUCCUGAAAGAUUCUCACGUUUUUCAAAUCCAAAAGUUAUUAAAGAAAAAGUGGAAGAUUGUGAGCAUGUUGUAUCGAAUGCUGUAUUACAGAUGGGAGGUACUCCAAUUUUUAAUAUAUUCAAGUGUGGCAUGUCUGUAGAAAUUCAAGAUAAAGAAUACCCUUAUCGUGUUUGGAUUUCAAAAGUACUCAAAAAUAUAGGAGGAAGGUUACUCUUACAAAUGCAAGGAAUAGAAAGCCCUGAAAAAGAACCAUUUUGGUUAUUUUAUUUAAAUGAACGUGUUUUUCCAUUAGGAUGGGCAGAACAAAAAGGACUUCCAUGGAGAGUAAUGAACUUAGAUGCUGAUUUAGAAAACUGUAUCGAUUCUAGUGUAUUACUGAAUGUGUUAAAGCCAAAAACUCCAGAACAACACAGUUACAAAGUUGGAGAAAUGUUGGAAGUAAUAAAUCCUUAUUCAUUCAUGAUAUUUUAUGUUGCUACAAUUGUUAAGAUCUAUGAUAAUCGUUAUUUUAAAGUUGAAGUGAAUAAUGAAUGUGAUAUAAGCAAACGUAUCAGUUUUGUGGCUACAAAAGAAAAUCCUUAUUUAUUUAAUGCAGGUUGGGCAAGCAAACACAAAUUUUUGUUAAAACCUCCGUCUGAUUGGGAUCAACCAUAUAAAUUUUCUUGGUCAAAAUAUGGCAUAACAAAGAAUUUAAAAUUUGCUCGUGUAGACAAUUCAUGCAGGAAAAAUAUCAAAAAUGUUCAUGUCGGUAUGAAACUAGAAGCUGUUGAUCCUUUGAAUACUGAUUGUAUUCGUGUAGCUACAGUUAAAGGAUUUGCUGAUCAUUGGAUGUUUUUAUCUUUUGAUCGUACUAGUUGUCGUCAAGAAUUACUACAUGUGCGUUCAGUUUAUUCUGAUGAAGUUUUUCCAGUCGAUUGGUGUAAUAAACACAAAUAUUCUUUGAGUGCCCCAAAGCUUCCAUACAAUGAUUCUAAUGAUUUUGAACAUUGUUAUUAUUCAUCAGAUGUUGAUAUUGAUUUAAGCCAAUCAGAACAAGAACAUUUCACAAAAUAUCCUCAUUACCUAAAAGGAGAACUUGUUUAUCAUUUUGACAAUAAAGAUAAAAUACAUUUUGAUGAUGGUUUCGAAGAAUUCGUAGAAAGUAGUACUAUGAAUAAUGAAGAUAUUGAAAUAGAAAAAUCUUUAUUUUCAAAAAUAGAUACUAUAAAAGAAAUUAAAAGUGAUAAUGAGAAUGAAAGUGAUAAUGAAAAUUAUUAUGAUGAUGAUGAUGAUGAUGAUGAUGUUGAUGAUGAUGAUGAUGAUGAUAAUAAAGAUAAUAUUUUGGAUGUUAAAGACGAGCCUGAAAUAGAUAAUGAAUUUCAUGAUGCAUUAUUUUUUGAAGAGAAAGUUCUCGAUAGACAAGAAAUUAUUAAAAAUGUACAAGAAGUAAUGAAAUGUGUUGAAGAAGUUAAUAAUAAAAAGUGGAAAAAAGUAAAUCAUGUUGAGACAACAAUAGAAAGUGUAAUUAAAAAUUCAACAAAAAGGUCUUUUAUAAAUUCUACGAAAAUGUUUUCUAAAAAUAGCUAUAAAAUGUGUAUUUACUUUAACAAAGAUUGUUAUCCUGGUGGCCAUGUAGUAAAAAAGAAAAUUCCGAGAUUACCAGAUACUAUUGGUCCCGGUCCUGUAUCCAAAGUUUUACAGGAAGCAAUAAGAGUAUUUGUUGAUUUAGAUUAUUUUCCAUGGAAUGCAUUAAAAAAAAUUAAGAAUAUUCAAAAUAUGUUAUUUAACGGACCUGGUGGUGUUGAAAUGGUGAUAAGCACUGCUGCAACAAAAACUCAUCCUAAAACUUUUCGGACUCUUCUUAUUCCUGAAUCUAGAAAAAUGGCUAAAACAUAUUGUUCUGCUCUUUGUAAUCUAUCUGGUAUGUGUGAAUUCUUUAUGACUACUGAUGAUUCAAAGUGUCCUCAUGGUUGCAAUACAAAACAUGAUAAACCUAAAGAUAGAGUACCUAAAGAAGAACAUGAGCCAACUCGAAAAUCAAAAAAAAGAAAGGCUCUAUAUUAUACUAAAAGGGAUAGGCCUUUAGAACGUCAAAUAACAAAUUCAGAUAUUGCUAAAGUUGCUGCAGAAGUAUUGGAUUGGUCAAAUAAACCUUUAGUUGCAAGGUAUAAGUAUUAUAUGGGAAGUAUAAUCCAUUUAGAAGCACAUAUUUUUCGAUUAAACCAAAGUUAUACUGAACUGGAAUCAUCACUUGUAACUGAAAUUAUAGCAAAAAAAAAUGAUCUUAGAAUGAUGAAUAGUAUGAAUGUAUUCAAAAAUACUAAAGUUCAAUAUGAUCCUAUUGAAGAAUUUCAUUUUAAAGUUUUUGAUGAUUGGAAAACCACUUUUGAAAACUAUUACCGCCAUAAUCCAAGAUUUAAGAAAUAUAAAAUUGAUAUAGGUCAAAUAGAACCAAUCAAGAUCACAUCAAAUCCAAAAUUUUGGACUGCUGAAGAUGUUUAUAAGUAUGUGACAAACGAUCUGUUUUGUAAAGAUAUUGGACUAAAAUUAUUUAAUGAGGAAGUUGAUGGUGUAGCAUUUAUGCUAUUAAAUGAAGAACAACUUUUACUGCGGUUAAGAUGUACGAUAAAUUUAGCAAUAAGAAUCAUGUGUCAUGUUGCUGAAGUGAAAUAUGUUUGUUUAACAAAAUAUUGUAAUGUUCAAGUUUAAUAAAUACUUGACAGAAAUUUUUUAAAUUGUAUUUCUUUUAUUUUGUUAAUAUUUAUUUAGAAAAUAAAUGUGGCUUAUCUAGUUUAAAACUUAUUGACAAUAAUAAUAAUUGUUUUUAUUAUUUUAUUUAUGUAUUUGAAAAAUGUAUGUUUAUUGUUUAUUAUUACUAUGUCCAAUUCAUUAUAAUAAUUAUUAUUCAGUAUGUAAUUUUCUUAUAGUAUAGUAGAAACUCUAUUUAACAAACUUGAAGAUUCUCAAAAAACAAAAUAAAUGUGUUAAAUAGAAAUAAUAAUUUGAAUAAUUUUUCAUUUGAAUAAAAUAUUAUUUAAAUAAUCAUCUAAAUAAAAUUGUAUUCGAAUGAUGCCCUACUCUGUUGUAUACAAAGUUUUGUUAAAUAGAGGUUUUAGUAUAAUUGUAUUAAUAGUUAAUGUUUUUUAUACAUAUAUUUAAUUUAUUAUUUAAAAGUACACAACUGUAUAGUAUUAUAAAUCGAUUCCUUCGAUCCAUGGCCUUCAAAUGUAAUUUAACUCGUUUGCGUCAUUCACCUUAUGAACCACUAUUACGUUAUUUUGAUAUUGGUAGUUUAUCCGAACGAAGAAAAAUAUAUGAUAUGAAAUUUUUAUUUAAGCAACAAAAAUUGCCCUGAAGUUUUAGGUUUUCUCAAUUUUUAUGUCCCUCAGUGUAGAACUAGAUCAUCCACUACGUUUUAUGUCAGGGGUGGCCAACCAGUCUAUCGCGAGAUGAAUUUGAGUCGAUCGCGACUCCCUUUCGUAUUUUCUUGAAUUUUUGAAUUUUUUCUGUAAAUUUGUACAUCUUUAAAUCAACGAAUUUAAAAAUUAUACUCAGAAAAUGUAAUAAAUAACUAUGAAAAAUGAGAUUAUACACAAAUAUCGAAUAAAAGAAGUGUAACACGCAUGUACAUAUAUAAUAUACAUAUUUUUUUUUUAUUGACAACUUUUUUUUUUUGGUCGAUCGCGACAACCUAGAAAAUCUCGGAUGUCGAUCGCAAGUCUAUUAAAGUUGGCCACCCCAACUUUUGUUUUACUCGUAAAACAAAUUAUGCUUCUGCUUCUGCUUCUCCUAUGAUUUAAAAAUCGAUUUAUUUAAUUUUAAUUCCAUUGAAUCAUUUAAUAAUUAUGUAAAAAAUAUUUUUUGUAUUUAAAUAUGUUGAUUGUUUUAUUAUUGUAUUAUUAUUAUUAUUAUUAUUAUUACUGUGUUAUUUGUAUGUAAUUGUAUGUUAACGUUCAAUUAUGAACUAUAUUAAUUUAAAUUAUUGUAAUUGGAUCGUUUGAUUCGUUAAUUAAUAAAUUAGUUUUAAAUAAUAUUUAAAUAAAAUUAAUUAUUGUAAUAUAGAUCAGUGUUUCCCAACUGGUGUUAUAUGGGGGUUACACAAAACAUUCAAGCUCCUGCAAAGGUUCCACGAGUAAAAGAAGUUGGGAAACACUGAUAUAGAUUAUAGAGUGUUUCCCAACUGGUGUUCUACGGAACUUAGGGGUUCCGUCAGCCGGUGCCAAGUGUUCCGUGAGAAAUUUGGGCAAAUAUAAAUUAAUUAAUAACAUUUUUGAUUUGAAUUAUGAUUUGAAUAUAGAAAAGAUCCAAAAAAUAUAUGGGGGUUCCACAAAACGUUCAAGCUUCUGCAAAGGUUCUGUGAGUAAAAAAAGUUGGGAAACACUGGACUACUCUAUACUCUGUUCAAAAUGAGAUUGUGACUCGGCAACCAACCUGUGCGCAUGAGUAUGGCUUUACUACACAGCAACUAUUAUGAUUAUACAUAUAUGUAUAAAAUUAAUUUAAAUAAAUUUAUGAAAAUAAUUUUAACCGUACAUUUUCAAAUAAUGUUUUAGUGUAUUAAAUUAAUUAAUGUUUAAAAAUGUUGUGAACAUUUAGUUAAUUUUAAAAUAUAAAUCUUAUAGUA